AUGCAAACUAAAGUCCCUGUGAGGAAAAGAAGCUCACUCAAAGCUAAAUACAAGCAGUCAGUACUUCGAAUAGAAUCCAAAGUAAUAAAAUGUCCGAAAUGCGAAAUGACUUAUGCUUCAACAUCAUUGAAUGAUGUUUCAAUGCAUGAUAAAUACCAUAACCUACAUCUCCGAGGUAGGAACUGGUCAAGUAAUUGGGGAAUAGUAGUCAAAGACAAUGUAGGGAACCUACCUAAGUCGAAAAGAAUUCCUCUAAGCGUGCAGUCAACUAGGAGUUCCAAAUCAAACGGGAGUGGGAACGAAUAUAUUGCCAUGAUACGACCCAAUGCAACAGCGGAAGUGAAAGCUACUCUCGAGAUCAUGGGUAUUGUAAAUAAUGAAUUGAAUGCACCACAUGAUGAAAAUGAUUUUUGGACUGACGAAAAAGGUCAAGGGAGAGCAUUCGUUUAUGUCAAGGAUAAUAAGGCUGUUGCCGUCGUUACUAUGGAGAUUUUGAAACCUGGAAGAGGGAGAUGGAUGGUUUACGAAACCAAAAGUAUAGUGGAUGGAAUGCGGCCAAAUUUUACUUUAGGAAUUUCAAGGAUAUGGGUAUGUCGAACCCAGAGAGCUAACGGUAUCGCUUCCAUGUUGCUAGAUGUUGCUCGAGAACAUACCAUAUAUGGCAAAGAAGUAAACAAAUUUCUAACGGCUUGGAGUCAACCUACUGAAAGUGGUGGUAAAUUAGCAUCCAAAUAUAAUGGGGUAAUUCAUAAAUCGGGCAAACUUUUGUUACCGUGCUAUGUAUGA